AAAAAUGUACUAAUGAUACUGUAUGGUAAAUAGGCAAUUGAGAAAAUACUCGGCUCUGGAUAUAGAAAUAUUUUUGCCACUGAAGUGUUGCUGAGACGUAAUUGCCUGCAGUAACUAUGUCAGUUCGUUGAAUGAUGUAUAAGUCUCUGAUGAUACAAACCUACUGUGAAUAUUAUAAUACAAAUGUGUGAAAAAAAAGAAGAUUUUUGGAAUGAGCAGACGUUUUUUAUGAAAGCUGGACUGGUUAAGAGUUUUGUUUUCACAGUGAAUCAAUACCUUGCUAGUAAUAAAUGAGAACCAGACAAAAAAAUCAAUGUUCUGUCAAAUGCUGUGGCAUCCUGGAGUACGGAAACAUGUAAUUUGUUCUAUUGGAGUAUAAAGCCAGGGAAAUAAGCAACAGAUACAGUGAGCUUUGUGCAAAUUUCAACAAUGAUUUUACAAGUUUUGGCUAGGAAAUAGCCUUGCUACCAUAUGCCUGAAUUGACAGGAGACUGACACUGUUACUUUGUGGGAGAAAUAAGAUGGCAGAAGCAAAUCCAAAACAUUUAACAGGAAAGCUUCCUGACCUGUUAAUAGAAGAGGACAGGGGUGAAGGACAUUCGUUUUGUUUCAAAUCUCUGGAGCGGUCCAAAUCUGAGGCAGCUCUUCUUCAGGGGAAACGAUCCCAGCACCACAGUUCAUUGAGUUCACAGGACAGCACUGAUCCAGGGGACCUACAUAACAUUUCUGAAUGCUCUAAAGUCUAUUUUGAUCUUUCGAAAGGCGAAACUUUUGAAGAGCAUACGGGUAAAAAUGUCUUUUUUGCACCAUCAAGGUCAAACUCUGGUCGCUUUUUAGAAACUAUACAUCAGAACGAAGAACUGCGUGUAGAUGAAAUGACCUUGAACUACAGAGAUCACCGGUCAAUAUCUGUUGGAAGUACUUCAAGUAUGGACAGCAUGGAUGGGCGUUUCUUUCGUGCAGAUACAGAUGGAAGUCAAGAUGGCGCUAACUUCCUUUCGACUUUUGAAGCUCUUUCAGUCUCAUUGAAAGACAAAAUAACGAAAAUUAUAACAUGUGAGGAAGAGGCAGAGCAGAUUGAAGUCCUAAAUGAUAUCAAUAUUUUGAUUGAUCAAGCUUGGUCGACACCUACCAUUGGUAGAGAUUUAGCGUACGGCCUUAGUGCUAUCAUUAAUCAAGAAAAAGCUUUAGACGCAAUUCUUAGAUAUUGUUUGCAAGGCUCGAAAUCAUUGUUAGUGUCUUCAAUUAAAGUUCUUGAGCAGGUUUUGACCACAGAUAACAGGGAAUAUGUGGCUGCUAAUGGAUUAGAUCCACUUGUUCAAAUGUGUUUGAAAUAUAAAGAUGAUCGCGAAAUUGCUCAAAUGACAACAGGAAUUCUAGAGAGCAUGUUUAAGACGUCCGAAGACACAUGUCAAAGACUAAUCGACCUUGGAGGACUGGAGGUCAUUUUGUACUGGUGCCGAGGUCAAGAUCGUCUCACUUUACGGCAUUGUGCCAUAGCUUUAGCCAAUCUGUCUUUGUACGGAGGACCAGAAAACCAUAGCCAAAUGAUACAUCUAAAAGUUCCAGAAUGGUUAUUUCCCUUGGCAUUUAACGAAGACGAUAUAGUGCGAUAUUACGCUUGUUUAGCUAUUUCUGUGUUAGUCGCUAACAAAUUAGACAAAAAAAUUGAAACAGCUGUUCUGAAUUCGGGAACUCUAGCGCUAGUGUUGCCGUUUAUUACGAGUCAUACACCAAUGGAGUUUGCUCAGAUGGAUCUCUGGCAUCGUCACGGAAGGUCACAUGAAUGGUUACAAAGACUUGUUUCCGUUCUAACAAGUAAGAGACAAGAACCACAGGCUCUUGCUGCAUUCCACUUUGCAAUGGAAGCUGGGAUCAAAUCUGAACAAGGGAGGAAAAAGAUUUUUACAGAAAUAGAUGCCAUUGAGCCCCUGAAGAAGGUUGCAAGUACGAGUCCAAAUCCAACUGCCUCCCGCUUAGCUGCAGAUGCCCUGAAAAUACUGGGUGAAGAAAUACCACAUAGGCUGUCCCAAAAUGUUCAACUCUGGUCUAACGAAGACGUCAUAUUCUGGGUCUCACAGAUCGGGUAUUGUGACUACAUUCCACAGUUUAAGAAGUGUGAUAUUGACGGGGAUUUGUUGUUGAGAAUUACAGAAGAUGAUCUGAUAGACAGUAUUAACAUGAAUCUGUCUCUAGCUAGAAAAAGAUUCAUGAGGGAACUACGAGACCUGAAGAUUUCGUCUGAAUAUACGUCAUGUGACCCAACCAAGCUUGAUGAUUGGCUGAAACAGCUGUCACCUGAGCUAGGCCAGUACACGUAUCAGCUUCUAUUGGCAGGUGUGGAUAGGAAUUUUCUGUGUCAAAUGUCUGAAGAUCACCUCAGAGAAGAUUGUGGUGUAACUAAUGGGGUGCAUAGAGCCAAAAUUUUACAACAAAUUAGAGAACAAGUGAUGCACCGAAUGUGUUCAAAGUCUAGUGUUGAUGUAACCGAUGCUCCUGACACUUAUACUGGUGAUAAAACUAUAGAUGCCUUCAUAAGUUAUAGAAGAUUAAAUGGAGCCCAGUUAGCAAGUCUUUUGAAGGUUCAUCUUCAGCUGAGAGGGUUUUCAGUUUUCUUAGACAUCGAGCGGCUGAACGCUGGAAAGUUUGAUGAAGGAUUGUUAACCAGUAUUGCACAGUCCAAGAACUUUAUUCUUGUUUUAACAGCUGAUGCUUUAGAAAGAUGUAAAAAUGAUAUCCAGAAAAAGGAUUGGGUCCAUAGGGAAAUUGUUGCGGCAUUAGAAAGCAAAUGUAAUAUCAUACCAAUUACCGACAACUUCGAAUGGCCGUCGGGAGACACGUUACCGGAAGACAUGAAGCAGAUUUGUUUCUUUAACGGAAUAAAGUGGAUACAUGACUACCAGGAUGCAUGUGUCGAAAAACUAGAGAGGUUCUUGAGGGGCGAGAAAAAACCUUCCCUUCAUGGUCUCGGCUCAUCUUUCGAAGAUAAUCCUCCCCAUGGACAACCCCAUGGUUAUGAUCCUGUAGUGAGGCCCAAACGGGGACAGAUGCAAGGAAUGGGGGCCUCUUUCGAAGACUGUUUAUGAAUGUUUUAGAUAGAAUAUUAUUAAAUUUUGUUGUUCAUCUGUGAUUGGUGUACAUGGAGAAGUGCUUAUAGAACAUGUGCAAACAGUAUGAAAAUUUUGCUUCGGAGGAUCGCUUGUCAUUUUGGGCAGAUACAAGUAAAUGGAGACUUUUUUUUCUUCUGCUUAAUUAGUGUUUGCCCAAAUGUGGUUCAAUGCUUACUGGUAUGACACCACACAAACUUUUCUGCUAAUGUGUUAUUUGCUUACUUUAGCAGAAAGGGAAAAUGUUGUUCUUGGACAUUGUCGCGGUGUGCCAAAAGAAGAAUUUUGGAGAUAUAUAUCAAGCUUUACGUGACGGAAGAACACCCCAAGGGCAUUAUUUCAGGCAGGCAUCAAGACAAAACAACCUACUUGCAAUUUUUUACCAGUUUGCGAAUGUGAAUAUUCCAAUUUCUGUCAAAAGUUCAUAGACCAAAAGUGCAUGUCAUCCAAAACAAAAAUCUUUAUUGCAGUGAAGAAGUUAAAUGUAACACUCUUGUCUGACAACAGUUAAAAUUUGCUCUACAGCUAAGGCUUGUCUUGGCUAGAAAGAUAAAACCUUCUCACAUGCUUUCUUCAUGCUUUCAGUAUUAAACAGUACAGGGAGUUCCCUGGGCAUGCAGGAAAAUGUGUGUUUGACAUACUUCACUGUAUAAAUAUGAACAGAUAUUCCAACAUGACCCGAUUUGUUUUCCUAUUAAACAAAGAAGGCUGAAAACUGUGUGUUAUUAUUCAACAAUUCACUUCUGACAUCACAAUUAUUAUGUCAUAGCGUUAAACGGCAUAGCGGUGCGCUGGAAAAGAAAUUAACAGAUAUCAGGCAAAUAUUUGAUGGAUAUCGUCAAGGACAUACAUAAUCCUUGAUAACAUGUUAGAAUCGAAAUAAUAUAUCUCAAACAGUGAUUUGAUUUUUGCUCAUGAAUAAAAUCAUUGUCGUUUAGAUGCGUAUUAUUAUAUCACUCGGGAUGCGCCCUUGUGAUAUAACUCCUUUGCAUCUAAACUCCAAACAAUCAUUUUAUUGAGUGACAAAUCACUGUUUGGGAUAUAUUAUUUCUUAAAUAACAGAUCAUUAAUUUUCUGUAUGUUGGUCAGUGAAACUUAGUAGAGAGAUUGCUAUUUCAGUCAUACUAGUUGUAGGGCAUCCCAGUAUGUAAUCUAGUAAGCGUCUGCUAGAAAUUGUCCAGCAGAUCAUUCAAAGUUUAGAUUGUGAAUAUCUUUUUAUGUAAACUUCGUUUUUUAUAUGUGUAAGUUUGUUAAAAUUUCACUUUCCGAAGUUUUGCACUCCAGGCACAUUUGACCGAUUAAAAUCAAACAUGCCCAGUCAUUUAUCUUAUGAAAAUCAAACACAUCCAGUCAUCUGUUUUCAAUUUUAAAAGUCAGUCCCUCUAUUCUAAGUUCCAUUGGCAAAUAGUUGUUGUCUAUAACAGGAGCUUAAGGUAUGUAUGUUGUAUAUAAAACCAGUAGCUUCCUGUUAUUUGUAUGGUGUACCAAAUGGGUCAAAAGUAGUAAAUGACCAAUUUUCUGACAUUUUUUUAAUGAAAGGACAAUUAAUCCUCAUCAUGCUAGACAUGACUGAUUCUGCCUUUGAAAUUGCAAGUUCUCCAAUGUCAAGUGUGUAAUCUGCUAAAUACAUACAGGCAUAUUGUUUUAUAGUUUGUUAAUUUUGCCCCAUUCGGUUUCUCAUAUAAGUAUUGUAUUAUAUCAUGUGAAAACAUUGUUUUUAUUCCAGUGAUUGCUAGCAAUUUUGUGCAGUAAAAUUUGUCACCAGAUAAAA